AUGCACUUCCGACUUUUCCUCCUUCUUGCCGUUUUUGUUGCCGCCUAUCAAGUUAGCUUUUUCUUGUUUUAAGAAGUUACACAUAAUUUAUUGCUUACGGGAAACAGUAGAGCGAACUCACGACUAAACCUUUUUCAGCUCGAUAAUCCGUUAGUUGUGGAAAGCUCCAUAUCGAAUACUGCUUUAAGCCAGUUCAAUUACUUUCAUGGACUGAUGAUGAAUGAAAUCCAUUUUUUUUAACUUGAACCCUAAUGAAAUCCAAAAAAAUAAAUAAGAUCAGAAUCAGAGAGCUCCAAGCGACUUCAAAAAUUAUUUCCUACGAAACUAUCAAACUUUUUGGAUGCAUCAUAGUACAGUCUUCUCUUUCUUAUUCACCUCAAUUUUAAAGUUUGAUUAUUUUUUUUUACUUGCAAAAGAAAACGAAAUACUAUAAUUUUCAGGCCGCUCCCAUCUCUAGCACUGUCGCUUUAACUUCAUCGGUUGGAAAUUAUUUCUUUUUUUGCAAAAAAUCAUCAACUGCUCAGGAAGAAGAUUCGGUGGAAGGCUCUGGACUCUCAGGUGAAACUUUCGAGUCAGAGGAGUCUGAGGAAAGCUCUGGAGACCUGGACAGUGAAGAAACGUCAGAGAGUGAAGAAGAUGGAAGCAUAGAAAUUGAAGGAACGGUGCGAACACCUUGAAUCUUUCAGUUACAUAAAAAUUUGAUUUUCAGAUCAUCAUUGAAAACUCCAAGGAACUCUACACUUUUGUGGUGAAUCCAAAAAUCUCGCUAUCCAAUUUUUGAUUUUUUUUUUACAGCCGAUCCCUGGAGAAGAUGGUCAAGAUGACGACUUGAACGUCUCAAAAGAACAAAACGCAAACGAAGACGAAGAAGAAGAAGAAGAUAAAUAA